CAAACUGUUUUUGUCUGACAGUGCUGCUUUCUCUCCCUAAUUCCCUGUCCUUUCCUUUUCGAAAGAGAGUUGAACCAAUCGCGAGAUGGAGGAUCCUCCUGUCCUGUUUGGGGCAACACUAUGCUAGCAGAGGAAUCUGGAAGUGGAAUCAUCCAACCCGGCAGCCCGCGCACACGGCAGCACGGCACCUCACCAUCCUCGUUCUAGUUGUAAACCAACUGGUCAGACGAAUCAGCCGACGCGCACGCGGACACCACGAGGCAGCCGCAGGCGAGGCGGCGGCGGCGCGCGAGGUUGCGAUGGAGAGCCCCACGUCGGCGGCGUCGCGCCCGGACUUCUACGACUUCCUCGACCGCAUGCGCCGCCCCGCCGCCGCCGAUCUCUUCCGUUCCAUCAAGAGCUUCCUCGUGUCCUUCUCCUUCCACGAGCCCAACGCCGAGGAGGACGGCGGCAAGGUACAGGCCUUCCUCACUGAGAUGGAGGGCGCCAUCAGGGGCCACCCGCUCUGGGCCAACGCCACCAACCAGGAAAUCGACCACGCGCUCGAGGGCCUUGAGAAGUACAUCAUGACGAAAUUGUUCGACCGCACGUUUGGGACCUCCGCGGAGGAUGCCAUUACCGACAUGGAGAUCUCACAGAAGAUUGGUCUGCUGCAGCAGUUUGUUAAGCCGCAUCACUUGGAUAUACCUAAGGUUCUGCAAAAUGAGGCAUCCUGGCUGCUUGCAGUGAAAGAGUUGCAAAAGAUAAAUUCCUUCAAAGCACCACGUGAGAAGCUUCUAUGCAUCAUGAGCUGCUGUCAAGUCAUCAAUAACUUGCUUCUGAACAUAUCAAUGUCAAAUGAUCGAACACUAUCUGGGGCUGAUGAGUUCCUUCCAAUUCUUAUCUAUAUUACUAUCAAGGCCAAUCCUCCUCAGCUGCACUCAAAUCUAAAGUUUGUUCAGCUCUUUAGAAGGGAAACAAAGCUAGUUUCAGAAGUCGAAUAUUAUCUGACAAACCUCAUUUCAGCAAAGAUGUUUAUAUUAGAUGUUAAUGCUCGCUCGCUAUCGAUGGAGGAAACUGAGUUUCAGAAGCAUAUGGAAUCAGCAAGACUAGUUACUCAAAUAUCUGUUGCUAGCCCUAGUAGCUCACAGGGGCUUCCCACAUCUGCAAUGGCACGUAAGGAGGAAGCUGAUCUAGCAGGCUCCAAGUUCCCUUUCAUGGACUCAGAAACUGAAAGUUUGAGUCCAGAGGAAGUCAAGCAGUUGCAUGACCUGUAUAGGCAAGUUGUCAGCAGAUAUACACUGCUGUCUAAAGCUUUAACAAAGUUAUCCAUAGAUGAGGAUCAGCUCCUUAGUUCAGUAGAUGAUUCAUGAAGUGAUAUGAAGAUGCUGACUAUAAAAGUAAAGAUGAUGGUAUCGAUCAUGAGCAGCCACCAUAUCCACAUUACUCUUGCACAUGUACAGUGGAGUAAACAUACGCGCAACCUCGUUUCCAUUGGUUGCAGUCUUGUAGGAGAAAGAGCGAGGUCUUACAGUCAAUGCGUGUAAGGAAGGCUCCAGCAAGUCCAAUGCAAUGCAAUACAGUUCUGAUGCUUUCUGGUAUGUUCCUUUGUUAGCGGCAGGGCAUAGCACCUGUGAGUUGGGCAUUACGAAUGGCAGGUGCUGCUUUUGCUGAUCUUGUUCCUCAGCCUGACAGCCUGCCAGUUGCCUUGUUUCACUACUGUUGUAACAUGACGGGCACCUGGGAAUGGUUAGUUCAUGACUUAUAACUCGGUUGGCAAUCCGCAAUCCUUGUUGUUCUCCUGGAUGAACUUCCAACAUCAGAGCUGCUGAAACUGAAAAUUGACCAUUACGCAACAUCUUGCCUGAGUCAUCAACUCCUAAAUCUGCCAACGGGUGUCUUACAGUUUUGGCACCGUGAGCUUCCUGCAGUGAGGAAUGUGAAUUCUAACAUAGAAUGAAGGCCAUACAAAAUCCGCUGGGGUCUGGGGAAGGGUGGCUAUGAAGAUGGGCCAACAUAGGCCAGGAAAAUUCCUGAAGCUCGCCAUGCUGUACAACUAUGCUUGUUGAUUCCCAAAAGUUCUGUAGUUAGUGUUGAGCCUUGAGGUUUGAGAGUUGUUAGUGUUCGAAAAGGGUGCAAGCAUGUAACGCACAAAUUUUGUAUGUGGUGCAGAAAUGCCGUGUUGUGAUCGGGUCCCUUGAUCAAACUCAAUCAGACGUAGUGAUGAAAAUGAAGGAAUUCGUUUGAAGAUUAUGUAAAAAGAUCAAAGGAUGAGGGUAGGCCCUCAGUUUCAUGUAGUUCCCGUUUGGUCAGAUAGCUGAUGUAUUUUUGAACGAAGCUUAUAUCUUGUAUUC